AUGACCUAAGUAAAUUGGGACGAUGGAACGUCGAUGAGGGAGGGUGACGGUGGCUCCAAGCCACAUUUGGAUGUGGGAGAAUGGGAGGGCUUUGUGGGCUCCCGAGGCGUGGGUACUCUCCGGGGAUUAGGGUGCCCCCAGACUGAUGUGGCGUGCGGCUUAUCCGCGAUCGCGGUCAGAUCGGUCUGCUCCUGUGCCUCGAUCCAGGGUGGAGGGGCCGAUGCGGACACGACGGCGGUGGAUCGUGUCCGGUCUCACCGAGAAGAACCAGGCAGCUGUCAUGUUUCGGAUUUUAGGAUGCUAAGACUCGUCGAUCGUGACUCCGGCACUAUGAGCUCCAUGUGAAGAUGAGAGACUGCUGGAACUACAAACAAGCAGGUCUUUAAUGUGGUGGCUUAUCUUCUACCAUUAGUUUGGUGCAGGUUCUGUGAUCUCCGCAGCUUCUCAGACGCAACUCGGAGGGAAGCUGGUCAACGCUCCGAUCACACGGAGAGAGAUGAGCGCAUCCUCCGGUAUGUUGUUGAACGCAUGGCGCUGCCAGUGACUGCCAUCACCUCAUAUCAAUUGUUAGGAAGCUCUCCAUGUUGCUUUAAUGAAUGGUGAACCGAUUUCUUUCUUCGAAGCUGUCUUGCGGUUGAUUGUUUGGGAACCAUCUCCACGAAGAUGCAGAUAGAACCUCUCUGAUACGAAGAUGAAGACGAGAAGCAAUCAUCUUAUGCUACGAUGACUCAAAUUGUAAGCGCCACGGCAUUGUUAUCAGCUACCAAAGGUCAGCUUCUUAGAAGAUUUCAUCAAUGGACGACAUCUUGACCAACAAGCCACAGCCAGAUAUUUCCAUAACAGACGAAAGAUUUGAAAGAUCUGCUGUGAAAUAUCGGAGAAAAAACGCGAGAUCUUGGUGUAUUAGUAGCAGUACCAGAGCCAUCUUCACCUCCACAAACCUCAUCUCCGGGAACAACCAGGGCCGAGGAGAUGUUCACGACGAGGCCGCUCUCCGUCUUCAAGAACUCUGCUGGUGCUGCCGCCAUUCAACCACCACCACCGGCAGGGCCCAACUCAGGCUAUCUGCUUCUCCAGGACGAGGGAGCUGAACCAAACCCCUCAUGCUGCUGGGGGCUCUGUGAAGACACGAGGGUUCGAGAGCUCCCCUUCCCCCAGAACAGGAUCCUCACCAUCACCUACACGGAGGGCUCUCACACAUGGCAGUUGCCGGCCCUGUUCAUCCCCGUCCUCGACAAAUCGCUCUCCUCCAAUCACUACUACGUCAUCGUCGCAAAGGGCAAAAAGAAAGGGAAAGCGUAUACAUGCUCCCUGGAGGAAGACAUGACCACAUGCUGCUUCUGCCGGAGCGUCAACGAUGUCAAGCCGAGAGAGUUCGAUCACAGGGACAUCUACCAGCAGGUGGAGAUCGUCUGCAAUAGAGGCAGGUUCACCGCGCAGUCCGUAGCUCCGGAUGGGUUCGCUCCAUGGCCACUGAGGAGUAAGUACUGGGAGCUUUAUGCUUCGAAGCACACGGACUUCGACUUGACCGACGCCUGGGGGCUCGACAAAGCCCUUCGUGCCCGCACGCCCGCGUUGGAGUUGCCGAUAUCAGGCGCAGGUGGUGCUGGUUUGGUCGUGGGGAGGUGGUACGCCCCCUGCGUGUUCGUGAAGGAAGGAGAUAGCCUGCGGCGUCAAAUGGAGCGCUCGGCUUUCUACGAUAUCACCCUCGAGCAGCGCUGGGAACAGGUGUUCGCGUGCGAGAACUUGUAUGGCGAUCGGAGGACCGUGGAAGUCAAGGCUACUGUUGGGGCGGAGGGCGCGGUGUUGGGUGGCGUGGAGGCGACGCGAGACGGCGCAGGUGGACAGGACGCCGUGGUGUGGUACAAGCCGCUUGAUUUGGAGGGAGAGAGGGUGGGGCUGAGCUCCCCGGUAUGGGAGAGAAUGAGGUGGGAGCAGGGGAGGGGAGGGUGGGUCGGUGGUGAAGUGAAGGUGGAGAGGUCGGAGGAGUACGGAGGGGUGAGCCCGUGGAAGAAAUUUGGGUGCUACGUGUUGGUGGAGAGGUUUGUGGUGAGGAGGAUGGAUGGAAGCUCGGCCUUGAUAGUUGACUUCAAGCACACGGGUACGAUUCAAACCAAGUGGGAAUGACGGCGUUGCCGGCGGUCUGAUGGUCGCCGUACUCUUACUUCAUGCUUGCCAUUUGUGCCUUUUUCAUAUUAUUUUUGAACUUUUUGUUAGAUAAUUAAGAGAUACGGGAUAUUCUAUUUUGUUCAUUCUCUUUAUGAGUUAAGAAGGUAAAAUUUUUUUUCA